AAUGGUUAGAAUGUGCAAUUUAUUAAUUGUUUUCGAUGCUUUUUGUCUAAUUUUGGCUGUUUCUCCUUUUGCUUUAAAUUUUGUAGCUUUUAUUUUGAAUUUUGCGACAGUUGAUUGGCGUGUUUGUUUUUAUUUUCAUUUAAUUUCAACAAUUGGCACGUAUUCCUCCUUUUUGGCUAUCUAUUUUAUUUCUUUGGAAAGAGCUUUGAUUAUAUUUUGUCCAACAAAGUUUGUAGUUUUUAAUAAAUUAUGAAAGAUAAACGGCGAAAUAAAAUUAAAUUUUAAAAAAAUAUU